AUGGAGAGGUAUUUUAAGAGAAAAUCAACCGAAGAUAACAUCUCACCCUCUACAACGGAUAUUCCUGAAAGUUCAAAUGAAAAUAACAUAGAAAGUAUACUGGCAAAUCUUCCAGGAGAUCCUGGGCUUCGACUCCAGAUAUCAGAAUAUGAUCCAAAUAUUAGAGAUCAGCAGUACAACGUCGUUUCAAUCCGAAAUGGUUUGAUGACUUUCCUACUUGGUUGGAGUAUAGCAUAUCCAAAAAUGCUGUUUUUUGUCAAAGUUGUUAUCUUCAAGCUUGAGAUUCUAGACCAAGCAGGUAAUGACAAUUUUACUAGUAAAGGUUUUCAUAAUUGGAAGAAAAAAUGUCGACUUCGAGUUCAUGUUGGAGGCCCUAAUAAUGCUCACAACCAAGCUUUACUUCAUUGUGAAGCUUUAAUGAAUCAGAAUCAACAUAUUCAAACAAUUGUUCACAAGCAGUUGGAUCAAGCACGUAUUGAUUAUCGCACUCGUUUGAAUGCAUCACUUGAUUGCAUUCGCUUUUUAUUGCGACAAGGUCUUGCUUUUCGCGGUCAUGAUGAAAGUGAAGAUUCAAGCAAUAAGGGUAAUUUUCUUGAGCUUUUGAAGUUUCUCGCAGAUCAUAAUGAGGGUAUUAAAGAUGUGGUGUUUAAAAAUGCUCCUAAAAAUCUCAAGUUAACAUCACCUGAUAUUCAAAAAGAUCUUGUGUAUGCAGCAGCAUGUGAAACCACUAAUGCUAUCAUGUUUGAUAUUGGUGAUAAUGCUUUCUUUUCUGUUUUGGUUGAUGAAUCGCGUGAUAUAUCAGUCAAGGAGGAAAUGGCAGUUGUACUUCGCUGUGUGAAUACCAACGGACAAGUAGUUGAAAGAUUUGUGGGCAUAAAGCAUGUUCCUAAUACCACUGCUAUUUCACUUAAAGAGGAAAUUGAUCAAUUCUUCUCUAUAAACGGAUUAAGCAUAUCUAGAUUGCGUGGACAAGGUUAUGAUGGGGCUAGCAAUAUGCAAGAAAUAUUGGGAAUCACAAAUGUGUUGUCACAUGCAUUGCAAAAGAAAGAUCUCGAUAUAGUGAGUGCUAUGGCUUUAGUCAAAGCAUGUAAGCAACAACUACAAGCGAUGAGGGAUAAUGGAUGGGAUGCUUGGCUUGAUAAAGUUUCUUCUUUUUGUGGCAAGCAUGAUAUUGAUAUUCCUGAUAUGAAUGACAUCUUUGUAGCUCGAGGGAGGUCACGGCGUAGAGUUGAAAAAUUGACAAACCUUCAUCACUACCGUGUUGAUCUCUUUAUUGAUGUUAUUAAUAAGCAACUUCAAGAGUUGAACAAUCGUUUUAAUGAGACAAGUACAGAGUUGCUUCUUUGUGUUGCAUGCUUAAGCCCAGAUGACUCAUUCUCAGCUUUUGACAUUGAAAAGUUAGUUCGACUUGCUGAAUUUUAUCCAAAGGAUUUUUCUGAUAUGGAGCUCACACUUCUUGAAGAUGAAAUGAAGAAUUAUAUAUUUGAUAUGCGUUUGCAUAAUGAAUUUUUUGCGUUGAAAGGAAUUAAUAACCUUGCACAAAAGUUGGUGGAGACAAAGAGGGAUAGACAGUAUCCCUUGGUGUACUUGCUAGUGAAAUUAGCAUUGAUUUUACCUGUUGCGACUGCUUCAGUUGAAAGAGCUUUUUCGGUGAUGAAAAUUGUGAAGAAUCCACAUCGUAAUAGGAUGGGUGAUCAAUGGUUGAAUGAUAGUUUGGUUGUGUACAUUGAGAAAGAUGUAUAUGAUUCUAUUAGUAAUGAUGUUGUAAUACGACGUUUCCAAAAUAUGAGAACACGUCGUGGACAAUUAUGA